AAACUCGCCCUCUUCUGAUCUCCUGAACUCAGUCAAUUGCGGAACAUUCAACACAAAGCCAACGCUCCUGCCUUCACCAUGGAGGCCCUUCUCCGCCAGUCGAGGUCCAUGUGCCCGUUCCUCCAUAAGACUUCGCCCGCCACCCUGCGCUCGCUCUCCACCACAACCGUCGGCCAUGAUGCUUCUCCCGGAGGCGGUAGCAUGUCCAACCUCCAGGUCAUUGCGAGGCGCUGCCCAGUCAUGGGAAAGGCACUCAGCGUCCAGAGCGCUCGUACCAUGAACAAUGCCUUCGCCGGAGCGUAUGGAGGCACGAGGGCCUACCACUCGAAGACCAGCAAGGCUAAGUUGCACACUUCUGCCCCCAAGGAGGCGCAGGCUAUCGAUGUCGAGAAGUUGCGCAACAAGCAAGUUCCGUUCCCUCAAACCGCGAAGCCUCCCGUUGCUCCUACUCAGAAACAGCCUGUAGGCGCCCCUCCAGCACCGAAGGCGGCCCAAUUCGACUACGAUGGAUUCUACCACAAGGAACUGGACAAGAAGCACAAGGACAAGUCCUACCGCUACUUCAACAAUAUCAAUCGCUUGGCUAAGGAAUUUCCCCGCGCGCACAUGGCGUCCAAAGAGGAAAAGGUCACCGUCUGGUGCUCGAAUGAUUACCUCGGCAUGGGACGAAACCCCCACGUGUUGAUGUCGAUGCACGAGACUCUAGAUACGUAUGGGGCUGGAGCCGGUGGAACGAGAAACAUAUCGGGCCACAACCAGCAUGCCGUCUCACUCGAGGCUACAGUUGCCAAGCUCCAUGCAAAGGAGGGUGCUCUGGUGUUCUCCUCUUGCUAUGUGGCUAACGAUGCUACGUUGGCGACGUUAGGAAGCAAACUCCCGGACUGUGUCAUACUGUCUGAUAGCAUGAACCAUGCCUCGAUGAUUCAGGGCAUCCGUCACUCUGGUGCUAGAAAGAUGGUGUUCAAACACAACAACGUUGCAGACCUUGAAGCGAAACUGGCAUCACUACCCUCCGAUGUGCCAAAGAUUAUUGCAUUUGAGAGCGUUUACAGCAUGUGUGGUUCGAUUGGACCUAUUGAAGAGAUUUGCGAUUUGGCGGAGAAGUAUGGUGCAAUUACCUUUCUGGAUGAAGUCCAUGCCGUCGGCAUGUAUGGACCAACCGGCGCAGGUGUCGCCGAACACCUGGAUUACGAAGCGCACGCGGCUGGAAGACCCCGCGGUACCGUUAUGGAUCGCGUUGAUAUCAUCACUGGAACACUGGGUAAGGCGUAUGGCUGUGUGGGUGGGUACAUCGCUGGCUCCGCCAAGCUUGUAGAUACCAUCCGUUCCCUCGCGCCCGGUUUCAUCUUCACAACCUCACUCCCCCCCGCGACGAUGGCUGGCGCCAAGGCAGCCAUCGAGUAUCAAAUGAGCUACCAGGGGGACAGGCGUCUCCAGCAGCUGCACACCCGCGCUGUCAAAGACGCUCUCAACGCCAAAGACAUCCCCGUAAUGCCCAAUCCUAGCCACAUCAUUCCGGUGUUGGUUGGCAACGCCGAAGUUGCGAAGCAGGCGAGUGACCUUCUCUUGGAAGACUGGGGCAUCUACGUGCAAGCCAUCAACUACCCCACCGUGCCCGUCGGUCAGGAACGUCUGCGCAUCACCCCGACUCCGGGCCACUUGCGUGAGUACCGCGACCAUCUCGUCGUGGCUCUUGACAGCGUCUGGAACAAGCUCGGCAUCAAACGCACUAGCGAGUGGGCUGCGCAAGGCGGCUUCAUUGGUGUCGGCGAAGGCAAAGAAGAAGCGCCGCUGUGGACCGACAAGCAGCUGGGCGUCGACAACGUCUUGAAAGAGAUGAAGGCCGGCCAGGGUGCCGUCGGUAUUCUCGAGUCUGUGCUUGAGAAUGAGCGCAAGGCUACGGCUCAGGCGGUCAGUGCGGCAGCUUAGAUGGACAUGCCAGAG